CAAUGUGCCAAUCUCACCCUUGGCAUCUAAACACACAGUGCUCUGCCGCUGCAACCCGCCUAAAUUCCGACUGCUAGGAGCUCUCACAGUCCCACACUCCCAGCGACCCUCCAGGACACGACACACACCAAUCCAUCAGGUUAACACCUGCUCCGGUCGGCAAGAUGGGCUGGUUCAACGGCUGGUUUGGCCUCGACAACAGCGGCUCUGACCCGCUGCGGCGGCUGGACCCAAAGCUGCGCGAGUUUCUCGAAAAGGAGUCGCCCGUCAAGUACAACACUCCGACGCCACCGACACCACAAUUACAUCAACAACAGCCGUCACCACCCCCUCAACACACCCAGCAAGAGAAGCAAGAACGAAAACAACCACAGUCCGACAUCACCCAACAACAACAACAACAACAACAACAAAAACCCGCUGUCCCCCCAGAAUCCCUCUACCCCGACGGCCGCUACGCCCACCUCUGGAAGACAUACCGCCCCCUAUCAGCCAUCGAAGCCGAGACCAAGACCGACAACGAGAAGCUGACGGACGUGCUUGAGGCCUUCAAGGAGCGCAAGGCGCAGAUUGGGCGCGCGGCCCUGGAAAACUGCGCCGAGGAGCAGUUCGACUGGACCGCGUGCAUGAAAUCCGGCUCGUGGACGGCGCGCAUGACCAUGUGCCGGGACGAGGUGCGCAAGUUUGAGCGGUGCUACAACGCGCAGAGCCGGCUACUCAAGGCGCUCGGCUACCUGAGCGUGCAGGGGCGGAACCCGGAGGUGGAUGAGGAGAUCCAGAUGCGGGCCGACGAGCUGUUCCACCGGAUGCUGGCGCAGGAGAAAGAGAUUGAGAAGGCCAGAGAGGAAGGGAGGGCUGUGCCUGCCUUCAAGCCGCUUCUGGAAGAGAAGAAGGAGGUGGGCGGGACCGCCGCGGGACCCGCGGCUAAGAGUCCCGAUGCGUAUGAGCCGAGCGAGGCCACGGUCGCGGCGUGGAAGGAGAAGCUGGCCAAGCUGCCGCCCGAGGAUCGCGAGGCUGAGGAGAAGGCGCUGCGGGCCGAGCACAGGGCCAAAGCCGAAUUGGCGGCCCAGGUUCAGAACUUGUGGCAGGAGCAGGCAAAAGAGAGGGAAAAGCGCAAAGCUGAGGGCAAGGAGACGAUUAUGGACAGGUUUUCGGCCUUGGCUGGGUCGUGGUCUGGGCCGAAGUCGACGUGAUUGCAGACUGUUUUGGAACCCAUGUACGAAUAUUCGCUGUAUCUCUCGUUCGUCACAUAUUCACGACACCAGAUCACCAGAGAGGGUUCAUCAUGUCGUUAUUGGGAGUGCUACCUGCCCUCCAACACGGCCGCUGUCCGCUCCAAGAAGGCAUUGAACUCUCUGAUCUGCUUCAAUGCCCCGCCGCCUUCACUCCUGGUGCAUGCUUGAUCGGCCACCCGACUGAUCAGCAACUCCAGAUUGGCCAAGUCGGCCUUUUUCUGCUCGGCCGGGCUCAGUUCAGGUGCUGCCUGCCCCUGUUCGACUGCCAAGUCGAUGUCGUGCAUGGCCGACGAGAGGGAUAUGUGACG